CCGCUUGACGGUUCGAAGUUGGAAGAGCCACGCAGUCUUUUGCUUUCAGUUAUCUCGCUCCCGCUCCUUAUCCGUUUUCAUUUGGUUCAACAUCUGGCGAGCAGAUAAUCUCUUUCGUCUCUUGUUCUUCUUCCAUAUGCAAAUUAGAUCUUAAUGGCGUGUCGGGCGUUGAUACGUGCCAUGUAAUUGGGCGUCAUCAUGGCUUUAGCAUGCUGCAUAUGGAAUUUUCCAAACCCGAUUUCCUACUCGCUUCUUCGCUUGGGUUCUUCUGCUGGCAACAGAUCUCCCCCUCCUCAUCUUGCCAAGCAGCGUUCAAAUGCGGCCCGCUGCUAUGAUUUGCUUCGAUUCCAUUGUCGUCAUGGCAAAUCUAAUCAGGGCGUGGUGCUGCCACCCCCUGCCAGUCUGCCUGAAGUAAGAGGAGGAGGAGAAGGAGGAGUUGAGGAGGAGAAAAAAGAUCAAACAGGUGAUAGAAGAGAGCUGGGUAAAGAGCCGAGAGGGAUAGCAUUUUCGACGGCGAUGAUAGAAGAAGCUAUCUCCCCUGACGGUUUCAUGGUCAUCAGCGCUUGUUUAGUGGGGCUCCUCACUGGCAUGGGCGUUGUGCUCUUUAAUAACACUGUGCAUGAAAUACGGGAUUUUUUCUGGGAUGGAAUUCCUGCCCGAGGAGCUUCAUGGUUGAGAGAGGAGCCCAUUGAAGAAAUUUGGCAACAAGUAAUAUUAGUUCCUGUUUGUGGGGGUGUGAUGGUAGGCAUGCUGAACAGCAUACGGAGUGCUCUUGACACAUCAGGAGGUAUCCUGUCAUCUAACUUGAAAGCCGCAUUGAAACCAUUUUUGAAGGCAUUGGCUGCUUCCAUCACCCUUGGGACAGGGAAUUCAUUGGGGCCUGAAGGUCCCAGUGUUGAAAUAGGUGCAUCCAUAGCCAAGGGAGUGGGUAAUUUAUUUGAGAGAGGUGGUGAAAGAAGGCUGUCUCUUGUGGCUGCAGGAUCAGCUGCUGGAAUUUCAUCAGGGUUCAAUGCUGCGGUUGCUGGCUGCUUUUUUGCUGUGGAAUCCGUCUUAUGGCCAUCCCCAGUAGAUUCGUCCUCAUCCCUUGCAAAUACAACCUCUAUGGUGAUACUCAGUGCUGUGAUAGCAUCCGUGGUUUCUGAAGUUGGUCUUGGUUCAGAUCCAGCUUUCACAGUUCCAGAAUAUGAUUUCCGUUCUCCAAGCGAACUUCCAUUGUAUCUUUUGCUGGGUGUCCUCUGUGGGUUGGUUUCACUAACCUUAUCUAAGUGCACAUCAUAUGCGGUUAAGGCUGUUGGCAAUGCACAGAAGGCUACAGGAAUGCCAAAGGCUGCAUUUCCUGUGCUGGGUGGCUUGGCUGUUGGGCUAAUAGCUUUAGCAUAUCCGGAGAUUCUUUAUUGGGGUUUUGAGAAUGUUGACAUUUUGCUGGAAUCACGACCGUUUGUGAAAGGCCUCCCUGCUGAUCUAUUACUUCAGCUAGUGGGGGUAAAGAUACUCACAACUUCAUUGUGCCGAGCUUCUGGAUUGGUAGGAGGCUACUAUGCACCAUCUCUCUUCAUAGGCGCAGCAACGGGCAUGGCAUAUGGAAAAUUUGCUAGCUAUGCUAUUUCUCAGUCAGAUCCUAUCUUUCAUCUCUCUAUCUUGGAAGUGGCAUCACCUCAAGCAUAUGGCCUGGUGGGGAUGGCUGCUACUCUUGCAGGUGUGUGUCAAGUACCUUUGACAUCAGUUUUGCUACUUUUUGAGCUGACACAGGACUACCGCAUAGUUCUACCACUACUGGGGGCUGUGGGAUUAUCCUCAUGGAUUGCGUCAUCCCAAACAAGAAAUAAGGAAGCCAGAGAUAGAAUGUCAUCUUUGGAAGCAAAGACCAGCACCAUACAGAAACCUGAAACAUCUUCAUUGUUUUCAAGUCAGAUAUCUUCUGUUUCUGCAAGUGGAGCCUAUGUGAAUGAGCUCUGUGAACUGGAGAGUUCACUCUGUGUGGAUGAUUACAGAACUGAAACAAAAAAGUUGGAAGAAAGGAUUCUUGUUUCACAAGCUAUGCGAACAAGAUAUGUUACUGUCUUGAGGGGCACUUCUUUAACGGAAGCAGUGACUCUCAUGUUUGCAGAGAAGCAGUCGUGUGCAGUUAUAGUUGAUGGUGACAACUUCGUGAUAGGAUUGGUGACACUCGGAGAUGUUCAAGAGUUCAGCAAAGUGGCAAGAUCCAGGUCCAAGAACCCUGAGGUACGGAAGCUUAUGAUUUCUGAAAUGUGCAACUUGGAUGGUGAAGGAUGUAGAGAAGUCUGGACUAUAACACCUAGCAUGAGUCUUCUUUUCGCAGAAAGGAUUAUGACUAGAUAUAGUGUGAAUCAACUUCCGGUUGUAUCGGAACAUGUUGAGGACCGUAAGGGAGGACACCUGGUUGGUCUUCUGGACAGAGAAUGUAUUAAUCUUGCUUGCAGGUCGGAUCAAAAGGUAUGCUACAAUUUACAAAAGAAAUGGAUGGAUGAAAACACUACCGGCAAGUUUUUUCUGACAGCCAAACUAUUUCUAACAUUCUGGAGCCCCUCACAAGUCACAAGUGAACAGGUUAUGGGUGUAAUUUCUGGUAUGGGGAUUUACAUCGUGGGGUCCGCAGGACGGAAGGCUUGAUCUUUUAUGACCAUGUGCCACUCUGGAACAUACAGUGGUGUAGCCAUUGCUACCAAGGAAUUUCUAAGUCUGUCCUCUACAAUAGAAAGGCCUGAUUCUUAGUAGCAGGAAGCAAUGUACAUAUAUUCUGGAAAUCAUUCGUGUCAAAUAUGCCAAAGAUGGGACUCCCCAAGCGGCUGCACUGUACAGAAACUUGGUUCCUGUGGUGAUGUCUGAAGAGUUUUUUUUUUUUCAGUUAUAUUUCAGAGUCCAUACAUGUUGUGCAAGAAGUCAUGGAGUAGCUACUGCCAGUAACAAGCAAUGCAGUUCAUUGGCGCAAUGCUCUGUCCGUUGUGGUAGCAAAAUCAUAUGUUGGGUUUUACAGAAUCAGUGAGAACAUCGAAGUUGUUAGCAUGGCGUUACUGGUGGCUGUAGCGGGACUGUUGGUGCUUGUAGUAAAGAAUCGGCACUAGAGACUUGGUCCUUAUAUGAUGUACAGAUGGGAUUAAUUGAGGAUUAUCUACUGCCAGAGUUGCACAGUGCAUGCCAUUUUCUACCGUGAGGAUUUGAGAGGUGAGUUUAACCGCCCCAUUACAAUCACUUUGCUCAAGCCGUUGGUUAUCUUUCCCAUUUUGUAAUAAUAUGUUUUUUGUCA